CCUCGCCCCGAGCGGCUGGCACAUCUCCUUCCCUUCCAGUGGGGCCUGGUGUGCGGCCGCCAGGGCCUGAAGCCCGUGGGCCAGGCUGUCUUCAUGGCCGGGAACCUGCUGGGCGCCCUGGCCUGGGGCCUCCUCUCCUUCUGGUUUGGGCGGAAUUCCAUGCUGAGCUGGUGCUGCCUACAGGUGGCCCUGGCCAACACCAGUGCCAUCUUUGCCCCCAAUUUCCUCGUCUACUGUGGCCUCCGGUUUCUGAAUGCUUUCGGACUGGCCGGCAUCAUCCUGACCUCGACCACACUCAUGGUGGAGUGGACCACGACCCGCAGGAGGGCGGUCACCAUGACGAUCCUGGGAUGCACCUACUGCACAGGCCAGAUGGUCCUGGGUGGUCUGGCCUUCGCCCUGCGGGACUGGCGAGCCCUCCAUCUGGCCACGUCGACGCCCUUCUUUGCCAUCUUCCUGAUAUCCUUGUGGCUGCCCGAGUCCGCACGCUGGCUCAUCAUCACCGGCAAACCAGAGCGAGCGCUUCAGGAACUCAAAAAGGUGGCCAGGAUAAACGGCCACAAGGAAGCCAAAAAGGCCCUGACCAUAGAGGUGCUGAUGUCCAGCAUGGAGGAGGAGGUGGCCUCGGCGAAGGCCCGCCAGUCGCUGCUGGACCUGUUUCGCGUGCCGGUUCUCCGCUGGAGAAGCUGCUGUCUGUUAGUGGUGAACUUCUCCCACAUGAUCUCCUACUACGGGCUGGUCUUCGACCUGCAGAACCUGGGGCGGGACAUCUUCCUCCUCCAGGUCCUCUUCGGAGCCGUGGACUUCCUGGGCCGGGCCGCCAGCAACGUCUUGCUCAGGUUCUUCGGCCGCCGCGUGGUCCUGGCCAGCGCCCAGGCCCUGGGAGGCCUCUCCAUCCUGGCCAACGUGCUGGUCCCACCAGACUGGCAGGGCCUGCGUGUCGCCUUCGCCGUCCUGGGGAAGGGCUGCCUGGGCGUGUGCCUGACCUGCUUCUCUGUCUACAAGUCGGAGCUCUUCCCGACCUCACUGCGGAUGACGGCUGACGGCUUCCUGCAGUCGGCAGGGCGGCUGGGCGCUGUGGUCGGCCCCCUGAUCAUGACGGCCCGCCAGGCUCUGCCCCUGCUGCCCCCCCUCACCUACGGGGUCAUCCUCAUCGUUUCCAGUUUUGUCCUACCCUUCCUCCCGGAGACUCGGGGCCUCCCCCUGCCUGACACCAUCCAGGACCUGGAGAACCAGAGGUCGGCAGCAGCCGGGGGCACCUGGCGAGAGGCGGUCAUUACAGAAAGCACCUGGUUCUAGCAAUCCCGCCGCCACUGGAGUCCCUUUGGUCAAAGAUCCCGUGGAGGGACCCGCCUCACCUCCAACCCGAGGGUGGAAGCCACGCGGGCAGCCUGGAGGGUUCGGUGUGGCCAGGUCAGGUGGCUGUCCGGGCUGUCCCUGCCUGGGUCCGACUCCCCACCUGCCUCAGCCUGGAGGAGCCCCGGGGCUGCCCCAGGUCCACGCCAUUAACAAGACGGCCCCCUCCCUCCCUGCCAGGCUCGCGG